AUGGUAGCAGAUUGUGAGCCGUUAAACUUUGAAGAAGCCUCUAGAGAAAAUAAUUGGAAGAAAGCAAUGGAUGAGGAGAUUCAUGCCAUUGAGAAGAAUGACACAUGGGAGCUGACAGAUUUACCUACAAAUAAGAAGCCGAUUGGAGUAAAAUGUCCAUUUGAGCAUGCGCUUUAUAUCAAGUUUGUUGAACCUGGAGAUAUCAUGAUCAUGUGUCUUUAUGUUGACGAUUUAAUCUUUACUAGCAACGAUUCGAAGAUAAUUGCAGAAUUUAAGGAGGCUAUGAUAAAUCACUUUGAAAUGACAGAUAUGGGAUUGAUGUCUUAUUUCCUUCGCAUCGAAGUUCUUCAAAAAGAUGAUGAAAUUUUCAUUUCUCAUAGGAAAUAUGUAAAUGAUAUUUUGAAGAAAUUUCAGAUGGAACAUUCAAAGCCAGUUUCUACUCUAGUUGAAGAGAAGUUCAAGUUGCAGAGAGAAGAUAAAGGAAGAGCAGUAAAUCCUACAUAUUACAAAAACUUGAUUGGAAGUCUGAGGUACUUAACUGCAACCAGACCAGAUAUUGUGUUUGGAGUUAGUUUGCUUAGCAGAUUUAUGGAGGAGUCUUGUACCAACCAUUUGCAAGCAGCAAAACGAAUUCUUCGAUAUAUCAUAGGUACUUUAAAUAAUGGUAUUUAUUAUGAAAAUACUAAUGAAGUGAAUCUUGUCGAUUACACUGAUAGUGAUUGGGCUAGAGAUAUAGAAACAAGAAAAAGUACUUUGGGAUUUGUAUUUCAUCUUGGUUCUGGUGCGAUUUCAUGGUCAUCAAAAAAACAACCAGUAGUAACACUCUCUACAGCAGAAGCAGAAUAUAUAGCAGCAGCAAGUUGUUCAACGCAAGCAGUUUGGCUAAGAAGAAUUCUUGAGGAAUUGAAUGAGAAACAAAGCACUCUAACAACAAUAUUUUGCUAUAACAAGUCAACUAUUGCACUUUGCGAAAAUUCAGUAUUGCAUGGAAGAUCGAAGCAUAUUGAUAUUCGAGUUCAUAAAAUCAGAGAGUUGGUAAAUGAAAAAAAAGGUUGUGAUCGAGUACUGUCCAACUGA